CCACUGCCCCAAAUUGACACAAUAUAAUGAACAAACCCUUCAAGCCUUACUCCUUAUAAAUACCACACUCACCCUUUGUGUUCUUCGCCACACAUAUCAUAUUCUUUUACGUUUAUUUUUUCUGUUUUGCCAAAACAUAUAUAGUAUUAACCAAAUGGCUUCAAUGUCUGCUCAUGGGUCAACUCAAUGGACUGCAAUUGAAAACAAAGCCUUUGAGAAAGCUUUGGCAAUUUAUGACAAAGACACACCUGAGAGAUGGCUCAAUGUUGCAAAGGCCAUUGGUGGAAAAACUGAAGAGGAUGUCAAGAGGCAUUAUCAACUUCUUCUUGAGGAUGUUAACCAUAUUGAGAAUGGUCAAAUUCCUUUUCCCUAUCGAAACUCUACGAGGUCGAGUCGCUGACUGCUUACGACACGAGAAUGGGAGAAACAUAUGAAUAGACAAAAUGAGACAGCUCAUCAGAGUAAGGAAGAAUAAAGGAAGAGGAAGAAUCAUUUACUCUCUAUUGUACUUUGUAAUGCCCCUUUAAUCUAACUGUAAAAGUAUCAAUAUUGAAAGAAUAAUAAUUUUUGGAUUUUUCUUU